GUCUCUUGUAAAGAGAUAAUGACUUUCCCUUACCUGUUAUCGAUAUUUGUUUAUAUUUAUAUAAAGUUGAUUCGAUUUUGUAAUUUAGUAAUUAUUUUGAAAGUCUGAGGCGACAAUAGAAAACCCGUAUGUAAACGAGGUCGCAAAAGUUACAGAUGCCAAACAAACAUGGCAGCCAGCAGGUGAAAAAGCCAAGUGCACCUUUACAAAAGCUGUCAUCCCACCUUAGCCCAAGGUCAGAAUCGAGAAUCAGACAAUUGAACCUAUUGCAUAGAGCUUAAAGGGAUAUGGAAAAUACAAAAUGCUGUGAAAGUGAUGAAGAGAAAGAUGAAUUUGAGUUUGAAGCUGAGGAAGCUUUCAGAAAUGUUACCAAGGGGACAGAUGAUAAAGCAGACGAGUUUGAUAAUGAUGAAUUUGAUGAAGCAUUUGAAAGUUACAAGGUGAAGAAGAUUGAUGUUGUAAAAGUAAAUCAAUCAGCAAAAGUAGAAAAAAUAACCAGUUCUACAAGUAAAUCGAAAAAGGAGUCAUCUGGUAUUAAUAGUAGCAAGUCAUCAUGCGAAGGAAAGGAAAGAAAAGAUCAGAUAAGCAAUGUAAAAGAAAACGAAAUCCCAAAAGAAAAUGAGCCUCACUCUCAUGGAGAUAGACCGCCUUUGCCUGAGUUUGCUCUCGACCUGAUCACAAGGCAAAAGAGCCUGAAAGAAGAGCCAUUGUCACCUGCUCACUCAGUGCUUUCUGCUCACUCAAACGAGUCAAAUGAACGAGGCUGGUCUUCAGAUCCAGAGCCAUACAGGCAAAAGUCAAAAAAGUCGCUCAAUGAAGUUAAAGAAGAAUGGGAUCAUGUUGGAACAGUAACAGCAGGUGCAGGAAAAGGUUUGGCCAAAUCACCAAUGGUAUCCUUCACUGAGGCAAUUUUCCAUUUUAAAAAUUCAAACAUGGAUGAAUUCUCUGCUUCAAUAAAGCCCACAAUAAGGCACAAGGGACUAGCUAGACUAUGGUAUGCAAUUGCUGGACCACCCAAAUUACACGAAAGAUUUAGAAAUGACAGAGACUUGAUUUUUACCCUUGGCUUAUGUCCAUUUGAUAACCAUGAAGCAAUGCAUAUUAUGAUUCUACAGACGAUUUACAAAAAACUUACUGCAACUAAUCUCGAUUGCCCAAGGUAUGGAUCUCAUUGGGAAAGUAUUGGUUUUCAAGGGGAGGAUCCAUCAACAGAUCUCCGUGGCUGUGGUAUGCUAGGACUGCUAACAACCCUGAAUUUUGUCACCAGUCUGUUUACAUCAAGUCUUGCAAUAGAUAUUUACAGGUUGUCAGAAGAUGAAGUACAGAAUUUCCCUUUCUCUGUCAUGGGCAUCAAUAUUACAAGAAUAACUCUGCAAAUAUUUCGAGAGGGCAAAUUAAACAAAGAAUGCAAUACUCGUGGACAAGUAUUCGAAGUGUUUAAUGAACUCUAUAGCGCAAUAUAUUAUACACUUUACCGGAUUUGGAAAACACAGUGUAAAACAAUAUCCGACUCCGGUUUUGUAAUUGCCGAAGUUGAAUCUCAAGCUAAAGAUAAGCCGGUUCAUUUGAUGUCGACUUUUCGAAAGGCGAUGAAUGACCGAAAAAAGGGGAAAGCCCCGGUAGAUAUAGAGCCUGUGACAAAGGAUAAAGGUGCACCUGUAGAAAAGGUGGAGAAAUUCGUUGGGCUUUGCGAUUUAGGCAACAAAGGUGAAGAAGACGUACAUCUUGUGUAGUAUUGAACUACAAUAGCAUUUUCCAAAUUUGUUUCAAAGAUUCAAUGUGUCAUGGUCAAGAAGGAGAUACUGCAGUGUGAUCCCUUUGUUGUUCAUCAGUCAAAGGAGCCAGUGAAAUUCACUGUGGUACUUUGUAAUUUUAAGCCAAACAAACAGACUACCUGGAGAAAUUCGCUUUUAAAAAGUAUUAUUUUGCCUCUUUUGGUAGGAAAGUGCAUUGUAUUAAAAGUAUUAGAUUUUGUUAUCAAUAACAAACUGAUACCUGAAGCCCAUAAAAACCUCAAUACACCACUCCCUACUACUCGAAAAAGAUAACCCCCCAAUUGGAGAAAAGAGGGGGAAGGGGGAGUGGUGUGAACCCGCUAGUGUCUUUGUGCCGUCACAAGAGAAGUGCCCCCUAUUCCAAACCGCGUAUCAGAAAGUUUUUAUUAUAAUCAAAAAAAUCCUCUCCCCCCCCCAUCCAUCCAUCCCCUUCCCCUCUUUUCUCCAAUUAUUACCUGGAUUUUCUCCAAUUAUGACCACGAUACCUGUAUUUACUAGACGUUCAAUUCAAAGCAUAUUUAUUUCCCUGUCUGCAAUCUUAGUGCAUUUCAGUCAUGCUACCUUUAAGAAGAUUUAACUCAUGAUUAUUUGAUUUAUAAGACAAGCUAGGAUAUUCUUAAGGUUUAAAUCAGUGGAAAAAUUUUAUAUGAAUGAACUCGUGACCUUUUUUAGAAGCAAUCAAUGAUUUUGUUGGCGGGAAUCGCCCAAUAAAAGAGCUUGGUUUGAAGUUAUAGUCAGGGUCUCAAACCUCAACAGCCCAAUUGAUUUUCGUUUGAUUGAUUCUAUUAAAAAAAUUCUACCAAAAUGUCUCCACAUUCAACCCCAGGUCUGAUUAUUUGAACGUUUAAAAUCCAUUUAUCUCUCACUGCUUUGUUUCUUGCAACGCCAAAACAUAUUUGGAGAACGUCAAAAACGUACCAAAAAAUCGAUUCAGCAAGCCUAUAAAAGUCUAUAGAAAUCCAUUCCGUCAUUGAUGAAGGAGUUUCCUCUCUCCCCCUUCCCAAGAGCCUCUUGCUUUUAAGCAGUAAAAUGUGUAUUGUCCCAUUCUAGCAUAUUAGGCCAUCAAUUAAUAAUGUUGAGUAACACUCUUAUUAUGCAAUUUUCAAAUAAGUAUUCUAAAUACGAAAACACUUAUACUAAAAACACUAAUGUAUAUAUUGGGAUGAUAAAGAAAACUAAAGGAUGUAAUUAUUGCACUGAACAGCA